GAAACAAGACAGCCGCCCUGAACGCAGAGGAUCUACCUUUCGUGCCUCUUUGCGUGGAGCAAGAUGUCGGGCGCGGUGGCUUGCAGGUGCAGAGCAACCUGGCGCGUGCAUGCAGCAGUGGACUCUGUGGGGAGGAGUGCGACAGUCAUUUCAGGUCCCCAUCUUCCCAUCAGGCGCGCUCCAUGCAGCCAAGUGGGGGCUGCUAUGCACCUUCCUGCAGUUGGACUGACAAAUGCUGCAAAACUCAAUGGCCUCAGAGGCGGGGGACGCUGCAUGCACAGCAAACGAGAGAAGCGUUUGUGCGUGCAUGCAUCUGCUGGUGACAGCGGUUUGCAAGAGAGUGCUCCUGCCGCAGGAAAGAGUGCAACUGGGUCUCCGAAUGGUGGUGUCGAUUGCACCAGUGCACAGGAACCUGUUGCUAAGAGUGGUCAGACAGACACUGCCACAAAUGGCGUCAAUGGAGCCAGUACGGUGGAGAAGGUUGCCCAAAAGAGCGGAGUCGCACACCAGGGCAGGUUGGCGAAAGCGUCAGACUGGUUUCACGAGGCCGCAGAAGAGGAGGCGUUUACGAAGUGGUUACCGGUGGUUCAAGAGAAAGAGCGGGAGCUCCCUCUAGUUGCAGUUGUGGGACUGACUGCGGGGGGGCUCGUUCUGGCGAUCGUUCUCUUUCUGCAAGGCUGGAGCAGGGUACAGCACAGGGUUCCGGGGCUCCCGCGGCUGCCGUUCUCCGUCCACAAGCCGCACCACGGGGCGAAGCCCGAGGAACUAGGCGCGGCGGAGAAAUCCAGGACGGAAGCUGAGCCGCAGGGUACGCAGGGACCUACUGCUUCUUUGUCCUCAGUGCACAGAGAGACGAUGGCUGACACGGCACGUGCUGAACCAGUUGAAAGUGCUCAGUCAGAGAAGAAGGACGAAAGCGGCGGGUUUGGGAAGUCGGUUUUCAAGAGCGUCGCUUCUUUGGUUCCUGGCUUCAAGCAUAAGAAGGCAGAUAAAAGCACUGAGACACCAAAGGAGGGUGCAAAAGGACCAGUUGAAAAUGCUCAGUCAGAAAAGAAGGAUGAAAGCAGUGGUAUCGGGAAGUCAGUUGUCGAGGAGGUCUCGGCUCUGGUUCCUGGUUUGGAUAAGAAGGGGGACGGUAAUGCUGAGGAGGGAAAGAAGGGUGCAGAGAUGGAAGAAGUUGGUGGUGGGAAAGAAAAGAAGGGUUUGGAGAUGGAGGAUGUUGCAAGGCAGCAGGGUAACACGGGUGAGAAGGAUGGUGGGGAAGGCGAAAGCAAGCCUGUCGAUCAUAGUGGAGACGCGCACCUGGAAAGCUCUGCGGUUUCGGAAGCGGAAACGAAGAAAACACUCCAGGACAGUGCACGGCAAAGCCUGAUCGAGAAGCCAGACAUCCUGAUAUCCCCCAUCGGUGCAACAGACACCAUAGAAGCAGAGCGCCCGUCUGAGAAACCCGCAGUUCAGCCAGCGCAUGAGGAGGCAGCUCAACCCACAGUCCAGUCGGUGCAUGAUGAUGCAGCUCAACAGCGCCAAGUGGAAAAGCCUGAGGGGGCUGCAACUAGAUUGAGGGAAAACGAGCCAGCCCCGGUUGUGCUUGAGCCUGCUGUGAAUGUAGUUGUUCUGAGGGGGGGAGACGGACGUAGGGCGCCUCCUUCAUCCCCUGCGCUGAUGGGGGGGGGCUCGCCGACCGCCGUGGAAGAGAAUAAGGGGGCGGUGCCGGCAGGAAUCUUAAGAGCGGCGGCGGAUAUGCUGCGCUCCAAGGAGCUGGUGGAUCUAGAUCGAGGGGAAGAUGCUACUCCAGGCGAAAGCGUGUCUGAGAAGGGGGAGGGAGUUUCCGCGGAAAGGGAAGGGGUCUCUGAGGAGAAAGCUGCUUCAAAGCUGGAAACGGGGGAGACUCGAGAAGGGGGCGAAAAGAACCAGUUGCUUCCUGAGGGGGGGAAUGAUGGUCAGGCCAGCGAAGCGCGGGAUAGCCCCCAAGAGGGAAUAAAGUCAGCGGGGGGGAAGGUGCCACUGCCAACGAACCCCCUGCAAGGGGUGAGCCGGCCGCGAGCGGGGGGGGAAUCGUUCCAAGACUGGUACGCUAAGCAAAAAAGUGGGGCGGGGAAAAGUGACGUCAGCGCCUCUAGUAAGCGGCCUGCCGGCGAUCUGAAGCCGUCCGCUUAUGUCGACAAGGCUCAGCUGCAGGCCCUCCAAGCGCUCCAGAAACUCAGCGUGGUGGAACCCGACGUCCAGCCAACGGCCGUCUGUAGCCGGAGGGAUUUUGCGAGGUGGCUGUUGUCUGGAAGCAGCGUCUUGACAGGAACCCCGGGAGUACACCCGGUCCCGAGCGAGGGCGUCACUGAUACUGCCUUCGAUGACGUCACUUUUGACGAUGAGGACUUUGCUGCCAUCCAAGGCCUUGCGGAAGCUGGCAUCAUCCCCAGCCGGUUGUCUCACGGCUCCGCAGCCUCCAGUGACGGCCAGUUUCACCCCGACGCGCCGUUGACCCGGCAGGACUUGGUCCGCUGGAAGAUGGCCCUCGACCGGCGGCGCCUGCCGACGGAAGCGGAUCCCAAAACGGCGGUACUCGAGUCGUGGGGCUUUUUGGACGCGGAGCUCGUCCACCCCGCUACUCUUCCCGCCAUGAUCGCCGACUUCCAAGCGGGGGACCAGAGCGUGAUUGCUCGUGCCUUCGGCUACACGCUCCGCUUCCAGCCUCACAAGCCCGUCUCCGUAGCGCAAGCCGCGGCGGCGCUCGCGGCCGGCUCCGCAUCCGAAACAGUGUCCGAGCGCGUGUCCGAAAUGGAAUCGUACCGGGCUGCGGACGAGGUGUUUCGGGAGGAAGCGCGCGAGCAGCGGGAGAUCAUCGAGGCGGUCGCCGCGCGUGGGGAGGAGAUUGUAAAGCAACUAGAGGCGGACAAGGGGGCGCUGGCAGAGACGAGGACGACGGUCGACGAAGCAAUCAAGGAGCUGAACGCGCACCGCGACGCAAUCCGCGCGGAAAGUGCGCAGCUCGCCCAGUCGGUGGAGCAGGCGCGUUCCAUCAUCCUGGAGCUGUCUUCCGGCCGUUCCGUUUCGGAAACGGAACGGAACGCGCUGCAAGCGGAGCUCCAGAAGCUCGAGGAUCAGCGGGUCGCGAUUGAGGCAGUGACGUCAGAGGCGGAGCUGCACAUCGGGGCGGAGAUCAGAAAGGCGCGGGCGGCAGUCGAGGGCUUAGAGGGGGUCCGGGAGGUGCUUCAGAGCACGAAUACGAACGGACGGGAAUCUGAGUCUGAGCAGAGACCGGAUUCCGCUCUUACGAACGGAAAGCCCCUGGUUGACUUAUUCGACGAGAGGAUGGAGUUGGCGGAUGAGAGGGCGAGGAACCCGCUGAAGCACGCAGUGAGAGUAGCGAGUGCGCACAUGGACGCGGCGAAAGGACACGUGGCAAGGUUGAGCAGGAGAGUGAGGAGCGACGGCGGCGACGUCAUGGACUCCCUCCGGGAGAAAACCGGGCACGUGGCAGCUGCCGGGUCGGAGUUUGUGCGUGACGUGCCGGAAAAGGUGCGGCAGACUGUCCCGUCGGACGUCCAAGACAAGGUGCGGACGACUGUGGAAAGAGUGUGGGCACGCGUGGAGCGCUUGCUGCUCCUUGCAUGGGAGACGCUUCUUCGCGUUUGGUACUUUGUCCUGGGAUAUCUGCGAGUGGGCACCGAGCGCGUAAAGGGCGUUUUGGCUAGUGUGCAAAAUGGGGGUCGAAGGUAGCGGUCCACGCAUUUAUCGUCGACCUGAUCGUGUACGAUCUUUUAGGCUAAUGCUGGGCCUUCGUUGGCACGUUUCAAAGGAUGUUGAAGGUAGUGAAGCUAUUGUUGAGUGUCUACGGACGACAGGUACUUGAGGAGCUGGUUGGAACUUCAUAGUUGGUGUGCCAGCAGUUUGUGCAACAGCGAUCCUUGGGAAAGUUUCUCUAGCACUCAUACAUUCUAUCCAUUAGACUGCAUACGGGUCCUCACUGGAGUUGUGGCCGUAGAGCCAUACAUUUUGAAACUCGAUUGUUCGGGAUCACAUCAAUGAAC